AUGACUCGAACUGAAAUACCGCCACAGCAUGCGAUGGUAUCUCGUUCAACUGGAACGGCUGGAUACAGGGGACGAAGGCGUGCUUGGUGUGGCGGCCAUUGCGUUCGCAUAAAAGCAUAA